GGAAGCAGACGCUGCAGUGUCUACUGCUUCUAGUUUUGUGUUUUCUAGAGGGCUGGGGAAGAUGGAGACGCUCCACCGGCUCCGGCAGUUUGAUGCCUAUCCCAAAACCUUGGAGGACUUCAGGGUUAAAACAUGCGGAGGGGCAGUAGUUACAGUGAUUAGUGGCCUUAUUAUGCUGAUACUCUUCUUCUCAGAGCUCCAGUACUACCUCACGAAAGAAGUCUAUCCAGAAUUAUUUGUUGAUAAAUCAAGAGGAGAUAAGCUAAAGAUCAACAUUGAUGUUAUCUUCCCACACAUGCCUUGUGCUUAUUUGAGCAUAGAUGCGAUGGAUGUUGCUGGGGAGCAGCAGCUUGAUGUGGAGCACAAUCUGUUCAAACAGCGCCUGGAUUUAGACAAAAAGCCAGUAACAUCAGAGGCAGACAGACAUGAACUAGGUAAAUCAGAAGAACAAGUAGUAUUUGAUCCAAAAACCUUAGACCCCAAUCGUUGUGAAAGUUGCUACGGAGCUGAAACUGAUGACUUCAGUUGCUGCAACUCUUGCGAUGAUGUGCGGGAAGCUUACCGGAGGAAAGGCUGGGCAUUUAAGACCCCAGAUUCCAUAGAACAGUGUAAAAGAGAGGGCUUUAGCCAAAAGAUGCAGGAACAGAAGAACGAAGGAUGCCAAGUAUAUGGUUUCCUUGAAGUCAACAAGGUGGCCGGGAACUUUCACUUUGCCCCUGGAAAAAGCUUCCAGCAAUCUCAUGUUCACGUGCAUGCGGUUGAGAUACAUGAUCUCCAGAGCUUUGGGCUUGACAAUAUAAAUAUGACUCAUGAAAUCAAACAUCUCUCGUUUGGAAAGGAUUAUCCCGGUCUGGUAAACCCUCUUGAUGGGACCAGCAUAGUAGCAAUGCAAUCCUCUAUGAUGUUCCAGUACUUUGUGAAAAUUGUGCCGACCGUUUAUGUUAAAGUCGAUGGAGAGGUUCUACGGACCAAUCAGUUUUCGGUUACCAGGCAUGAAAAGAUGACCAACGGUCUAAUAGGUGAUCAGGGACUACCAGGGGUUUUUGUGCUGUAUGAGCUCUCACCAAUGAUGGUAAAAUUUACAGAGAAGCAUAGGUCGUUUACACAUUUUCUAACUGGAGUAUGUGCCAUUAUAGGAGGAGUGUUUACAGUUGCAGGUCUCAUCGACUCCCUAAUUUAUUAUUCCACACGUGCCAUCCAAAAGAAAAUUGAGCUGGGAAAAGCCACUUAAAGAAAACAAAAACAACAACUGCACCUUCAAACGGACGAGAGACUGGUUUCUCAGCGAAAAUUGGGAACGGGGAUAUUAUAAAUGUCAGGGAAGAAUGUGUGUGCGGCCGUCCACAUGCUGACACCUUUCUGAAUAGGGACUGGACACUAAGACAGGAAGCGGAGAGACACAUGAGGGGAACCUUCAGUAUCUCCCAAGGAAAUUGUAACCAUAUAAUGUGCAACUGUCAUUUUGGAAAUCUUGAGUGGCUGUGUCCUCUGAGUUAUGUUUGUUUUCCAGUUUACAUUUCCCUUAAGGGAUGGGGGCUAGCAAAUGUAAAUGAUGAUGGUGGAGGGUGGGACACCAUUAUAAUGAGAACCUUCCAACUUAUGCAGUUUUCACUGCCUGCCCAUAAUGCCUUUGGAGAUUCACCAACAUCACAGUGGGUUACUGCUGCAGCAAGAUGGAAGACAUGGAGCUGAUGCCAAGGAGGACAUUCAUACCCUCCAGUAAUGGACACUUAAUCACAUUCAGAGAAGGUACCAAAGCAUCAGACCCAAACACACACACAUUGAGGAAGAAGUUAUAUGUUAAUCAGGGCUGUGGAGUGGAAUUGUUCUUAAUGUAAGAAAUAAUAAAUUAUUUUGCUGCUAGUUCUGAAACUCCACUUCAUACAUCCUCCUGCCCUUAAAAACAUAGAGCAAGAGUGCAGAAGAACUGUUCCCAGCCCUGGCCAUGUCAACCUUCAGCAGCUGGUAGGAUUCUGUGAGAAGUAGAUCUGGCCAAUGAGAAAUUGAGCAUGCCUACAAUGGUACAAAUCCAGCUUUUGGAGGUGUUAAUGAUUCCUUUGGACCUGAGCAGUUACAUUAUAACUAAGUUAUGAUGUUUUUUUUCCUGAAGUAUGAGUACAUCUUGUUUAUUUUUCCUGGGUCUGAUCCACCAAGUUGGGGAGGUCCAUUUAUAAAGAUUCUCAUUUUUAAAACUCAUUUUCUCUAAAACCACAAAUACCAUGCAAUUUAUUAAAAAAAUAUCAGAAUACAGAAAAAAAACCCUCUAAAGUAUGUACUAAAAAAUAUGAACACCUCUACUCAAAUGCUUUUGCUUGCCACAGAUUUGUAUUAGAGGUUUUUGUGGGGUGUACACUUUAGAAAUCUUGAGUUUUAGAGAAAAAAUAAGAAAACAAAGAAUGUUCAGAGAGAUAAAUUUGAUUCGGGAGAAGGAGAUAGAUAGAUAGAUCUAUCUAUAUAUACACAUACAAAUGUAUGUAAAAUCAGGCACGGGGAGAUUUAGUCGCCUGGCGACUAAUCGCCUCUUCUGCAUGGUGACAAACUGCCUUACGCCUACUAUAAUGAGAAAACGACAGCGCCAAUACACUCGCAGCACUUCGACUUCCGAAAUUGCCUCACGAGAAAACUUCGGAAAUCGAAGCGCCGCAAGAGCUUUGGCGCUGGCGUUUUCUCAUUAUAGCAGGGGCAAGGCAGUUCGGGGAGAUUUUCGCCUGCAGAAGAGACGAUUAGUCGCCAGUCGACUAAAACUCCCCGAAUCUGCCCGUAUGCCCCUGCCCUAAGUGUAUAGGACCUGUGUUUAUUGUGCCCUGUCCAUAUUUUUAAGCACCUCAUGGUACAAAAGCUGCAAGCAAUGUCUGUAUGCACCUUUUAUUAAGUCCAAUGACCCCCUUUUGUAGAAUUCUUAAUCGCAUUCAGUACAGUCUGUUGAACCAGCUUUAACCUUAGUUACAAGCAAGAUGAACCCAAUGCAAAGCCAAUACAAUAGUAAUGUUCUAUGAAAAUCUACAGUAAUGGAUUUGGCCAUGUUACCUCUCCGCUGAGCUGUCAAUUAGAUGCCAUUCCGUAGGUUCAGACCAAUGUGCUUUCUAUCCCAUUUAGAGCAGAGCCAAUGGUAUAAAAGUAUUUACUGUACUAUGACUUUGAGUUACACGUGACUGUAGUCAUAAUGUACAGAGAUUGACCUCAAUAAAACUGACCCCAAAUGUAAAAAAAAAUAAGAUAAAAAAAAAAUACAUUUUGAUUAGUUCUACAGAUUACUUUACUAGUGAGUAAAUGAAACUUGAAAAGGCUUCCACACCUUCCUGAAAAUGCUCUCUACUGGGGCUCAUUUAGAAAAGUUUGGUAGAUUUGUACCUGGGCUGUUACCCAUGGCACCUAAUUAAAUUUCAGGUUUUUUUUAGUUUGAAAAAACUUUUUAUUUUUUACUAUACUAUAAAAUACUAUUUCUCACCUUUGCAGUUACUGGAUGACCAUGGUAUGUGGCAAAUUCAUUAUGACCUGGUUAAUAUUUUUCUAUUGUCUAACAUAAUUUAUGUAUGUAGCAUUCUACAUUAAAUCAAUACAAUAAUAAAAUAGAUGGGGAUCAAUACAAUCAUAGAAAAUAGAUACAUGCAGAAAUACACUUAGGUCAAAAAAGUAGUUCACUUUGAUAUAUUCUGAGACAAUUUGCAGUCAAUCUUCAUUUUUUACUUUAGAAUGCUUUUAGCUUUUAAUCUGGUUGAUGGGACAUGGUUUACUAGGCAAUGGUUUGAAUGAGAGCAUGGAAGAUGUCUAGAGCCAUGUUUUUUUUUAGGUGCUGGGGACAGUGACCCCAAUUUGAAAGCAGCAAUGGCCAAGAGGCAGGAAGAUAGUGAUACAGACUCGUUCACUCUCUCAUAGUCUUAGAGCUAGUCAGUGACAGCAAGGGCUAAUAACAUCUGGGAUUGGAUAUAGGUAGGGUGCAUUAAAUAAGGAUUCUAUUCCCUCUAUAAAUCUCUUCUUCCACCUCCUCUUCAGCAGGCUAUUCAAUGUUGGCUCCUAGUUAAACACAAAAAAACAAAUUCUCAGAGUAAAGGACAACUCUCUGGAUAUUCUAUACUGACCAUGCAUGUACUCAGGACUUUCUAGCUGGUGGCCUGCAUGAAAGUCUGCCUGCUGUGUCUUGUUAUCAUAUGUAAGAUUUAAAAGGUAUCACUACAGAGGUUAAAUGGCCCCUGCAUUGUUUAAACUUCAAAUUCAGACUAUAAUCUCCACA